AUGGCUCUGCUCCCGACUUCUCGAGUAACUCCAUCUCUAGUUUUUGAGCACACUGGAGUAGAUUACGCAGAUCCUAGCUCAUUAAAGACAUUUCAAGGUCGAGGUGCAAAAAGCUUCAAAGGCUGGAUUGCAGUCUUUGUGUGUUUCACCACGUCAGCUAUUCAUUUACAAGUGGUUUCAGAUUACUCCGCAGAGGAAUUUCUUAAGGCCUUCCGACAUUUUACAAGUCGUCGUAGAAUUCGCAAGAGACUCAGAAGCGAUUGCGGUACAAAUUUCAAGGGAGCUGACGCUAUACUCGAGGACUCAUUCAGGCAAUCGACAAAGUCAUCUCAAGAACUUCAACGAAUUCUCGCCAACGACGUUAUUCAGUGGAUUUUCAAUCCCCCUGGUGCACCUCACAUGUGUGGAAAGUGGGAAGCAGCAGUAAAGCAUCACCUUCAACGAACUAUCUCAGACACUCUUUUCACUUUCGAAGACUUUUCCACAUUUCUUGCUCAAGUGGAAGCGGUACUCAAUUUACGACCUCUUGGUGCUCUCUCAGACGACCCUGAUGACAUCUCAGACUUAACUCCAGGACAUUUCAUUCGUGGAGAAGCUCUCACUACAAUACCAGAACCAUCGUUAUCCUCUAUACCGGAAUCAAGGCUUUCUCACUUCCAAAGAAUCCAAGAACGAUUUCAAAGAUUUUAG